AUGGCGUCGCUGUCGAUGACGAGCGCCGCAGCGGCGCGCGCGCAGUGGACGCCGAGGCAGAACAAGCUGUUCGAGCAGGCGCUGGCGGUGUACGACAACGACACGCCGGACCGGUGGCACAACAUCGCCCGCGCCGUCGGCGGCGGCAAGUCCGCCGAGGACGUCAGGCGCUACUACGACCUGCUGGAGCAGGACGUCGGCCGCAUCGAGUCCGGCAAGGUGCCCUUCCCGGCCUACCGCUGCGCCACCGGCUACGGGGCCGCCUGA